GAACUCUACAAAUGUCUGCUCCGAACAGAAAAGUUGCAUGGAUCAAACCGCAGGAGCCGUCGUUCAUAAAGGCCUUCAAGGCCAAAGUCGGCUACAAAGAACCUGACACAAUAGGCAAGCAUCUGUACCAUUAGUACCACAAGAUGCUAGCUCCCUGUUUCCCCUUCCUUACCCCUCCAGAGGCCAAGAGGCCUAAAGUGGCCCCACCUGCUGCAGGGGAGGGAGAUGAGGAGGAGAGGGAAGAUGAACUACCAACAGUGGUGGUGAUGGAGAAGGAAGAUGUGGGGGAGGAGGAGUACAAGAAAUUUCGUGAAGUUAUGAAGGAACUAAAGAAAGAAGAGGAGAAGGAAGAGGACAAGGAGGGUAGUGGUGGUGGUGUUCCAGCAGUGGGUCCUCGGUCGGGAGGUGACCAAUCUGAGGGAGACAGUGGAGGGAAGAUCCUCUUCAAGAGACCGGCCAAGAGACGGAGGAGCAGUGAGGGUGUGUUGGAUGCCUCCACACGAAAGACUGGAGGAGAAGCCCCUGUCAAAGGAUCAGGGGGCAAGACCAGGUCACCCAGGACUAGGAAGAGAUCGGGCAGCUCUAGUGGAGUCAAGAACAGCAGCUUGCUCUCCUUUGGAGAUGAGGAGGAGGACUGACAUUAUCAUUCUCUGUUUU